UGCCAGCGCAUUCCCAAUUGAAAUAAAGUGACUGCGAUGCGUUUAAAGAGAACCUUCACACCUCCUUCGUCCCUCUUCCAUCAACCAGAUCUCUCACUCCCACUCCAUCUGCAUCCACCCCACUUGCUCUUCGCUUGCCCUCCCCAUAGCCUCCUCUUUGCACACAUAAACACAUUAUACUACCAGGAUGCUGCGUCUGACUGCGUGUGUAGUCGGUAUCUACUCGUGCUUCUUGACCUGGGGCUACUUCCAAGAAAAGGUCUCGACUACUCCCUAUGGAUCCGAUGCCCUCAAGUUCAAGUUCUUUAUCUUCCUCAACCUCAUCCAGGCCCUCUUCGCCUCCACCAUCGCUUUUUUCUACCUCAAGCUUCAACACAAAUCCCUCUCCACACCCUCCAAACCCCUCGUCCUCAAGUACCUCCAAGUCGCCUUCCUCUCGGUCAUUGCCUCCCCCUUCUCCUAUGCGGCCCUCAAACAUAUCGACUACCCGACCAUGAUCCUCACCAAAUCCUGUAAACUCAUCCCCGUCAUGUUCAUGAACAUCCUCCUCUACCGCCGCAAGUUCCCAACCUAUAAAUACGUCUGUGUCGCCCUCGUCACCAUCGGUGUAUCCGGAUUCAUGCUCUACGCUCCCCUGGAUGAACAUAAAGCAUCCAAGAAGGCUGCCGUCGAAAGCUCCCUCUACGGUCUGUUCCUCGUCGCCAUCAACCUCACCCUCGACGGCAUCACCAACUCGACCCAGGACCAGAUCUUCCACUCCUUCAAAGUCUCAGGACAACAGAUGAUGUGCUACAUGAACCUCUUCAUGUCCGGAUACAUGACCCUCUGGCUCCUGAACCCCUACAACUCUGAGUUCGCCAACGCCAUCAGCUUCUGUCAGACCCAUCCAGCCAUCAUCAAGGACAUCAUCAUGUUCUCGCUCUGUGGAGCUCUGGGCCAGUGCUUUAUCUUCUAUACCCUGGAGCACUACGGGUCCCUGUCCUUGGUCACCGUUACGGUGACGAGGAAGCUGUUCACGAUCCUGUUGUCCGUCGUCGCUUACGGACAUGAGCUUAACCUGAAGCAAUGGGGCAUGGUUGCGGUCGUCUUUUCCGGAAUCGGCCUUGAGGCCUACAUCAAGCGGGCGGAGAAACUCAGGCAGGUGGCGGACAAAAAGAAGGGUCCCAAGGACUUGAGCUCCCAGAUCUUGAGCUCCGUCUCUUCUUCCACAGUCCUCUCGGAAAAGCACACCACGGCAACACACAGAACUACCCUCGUUGCUCCCAAGAACUAGACAUGCAUUCCUUCUUUCCUUCUUCAUUCCCUCCUCACCCCCUUAGAAUUAGCUCCCCCUUUUUUUUUCUUUAUUCAAGACGUAGACGUUUUACAGUACUUUCCCAAAAAGAUAUCGCUCCUGCCGGACAAGACACAAUAUAUUUGGGCAAAGCAGCAACCGAGACCUGCAAAUGAUCUUCAAUCCAUGAAUGAUAACAAAAUUUAGGU